AGUGAGGUCGGCUGGUCGGGUCCCUCCGCCGGAAAUGUCCGGCUGCCCAAGCUUCCCGCUGGAGCGGCGAGCGAGCGGCCGGCGGGCGGGCCGGCGCGUGACGGGUGGAGUCUGCAGCCACGUAAAUGCCUCGGCGUCGAGGCAAGGGCCGGGCCUAGCAGCUUUCUGUGUUGGGAAUCUCUAUAUCCCUGUAAUGGUCUGAUCCCUGAAAAAAUCUACAGUUUCUGUGGUCCAGCACUGCUAUGUUGUGACAAUCGGUUUUGUGGAAGCUUGAAACCUCCAUGUUUAUGCACACUUCCGUACAAUUAAGGAGAUGGCCAGGACGUUUAUUUUAAGCCUUGGAGAAUACAUUUUUUCCUGCCAUAAUGACCACCAAACACAUUUUCGGUACUGAUGUUUGGUAUGGCUACUGCUGAUGAAUCCUACGUGGAAGGACAAAAUGGAAGCAUUGUUUCCUACAUGAUUUUGAUAGUUGAGAAAUGGACUGGCUUGGAAAUUCUGGAAGGCUCCCUGAAUUACCUCGAUUAUCUCCUCUGGGUCUUCACCCCCCUCAUCAUUGUCUUCAUUCUCCCAAUGUUUAUUGUACUAUUCCUAUAUCUUUCAAUCCUUUUUCUACAUGUGUAUAAAAGAAAGAGAGAGUUGAAAGAAGCUUAUUCGAAUAGUGUUUGGGAUGGUGCAAGGAAGACUUUGGCAACUCUUUGGGAUGGACAUGCAACUAUAUGGCAUGGCUACGAAGUUCAUGGAUUGGAAAAGAUUCCUCGUGCAGGGCCUGCCCUUAUUGUUUAUUAUCAUGGGGCCAUACCUGUGGACUAUUACUAUUUUUUAGCUAAAGUAAUUAUCCAGAAAGGAAGAACCUGCCAUUCUGUAGCUGAUCAUUUCCUUUUUAAGUUGCCAGGUUUUAAAUUGUUGUUGGAAGUUUUUAGUGUUAUGCAUGGUCCCCAAGAGGAGUGUGUCAGAGCAUUAAAAAAUGGACACUUGUUGGCCAUCUCACCAGGCGGAGUCCGUGAAGCACUGUUUAGUGACGAGACAUACAGAAUCGUUUGGAGACGACGGAAAGGAUUUGCCCAGGUGGCAAUUGAUGCUCAAGUGCCCAUUAUACCUAUGUUUACACGGAAUAUUCGGGAAGGAUUUAGAACAUUUGGAUGCUUUGGUCUUUGUAAAUGGUUGUAUGAAAAAUUUAAAUGGCCAUUUGUUCCUAUUUAUGGGGGAUUUCCUGUCAAGUUUUGCACCUAUUUGGGUGAUCCUAUUCCGUAUGAUCCCAAUAUUACUGCUGCUGAGCUUGCUGAUAAGGCAAAGCAAGCUAUGCAGAGCUUAAUAGAAAAACACCAAAUAAUACCUGGAAAUAUAUUACGAGCCCUUCUGGAGCGUGUUCACUGGAGAGAGAAAAAUGAAUGACUAUGCUUUUGAGGACUCAUUUAGUGAACACUUUUUAAACUUUUCAUUUUCAAGAGUCUACAUCUAUACAAAUACUGAAUAAUGUCUCCUGUUGUGCAUUAAAAUUACUCUGUUGAACAUGUGUUUUGCACCAGUAUCAAUGUUCUUAACCCAAUUUCCUAACUGAUUUGUUAUGAAAAGUUGUAUUUACAGUAUGCCGUAUCAAAUGCCUCUCCAAUACAUUCCUGACCUCUGAGAUGCUGUGAAGAUGCCAUGAACAAGGACCAGAUGCUACCUGUUUGAAUCUGUGGGUUGAUAGAUGUUGAGAUGCCAAAUGUCUUUAGAAGUGUGCAAAUAGCAAUAGUGAAGUCAUGGAGAUAAUGUGUCACAGGACCUGUUGGGUUGUGGGCAGGGGUUAGUAUUAUAAAUAUCGAAAUACACACUCAUCAGAUGAAGUAUUGGAUAUGUUGUUAAGUAGUUCCAGACUGAUAUCAGAACAUACACUUAUAUUAACUGUCAUCAUUAUUUCUCUUUUUUUUUUAAGCAAAUUAUAUUCCCUUGCAUUUUGAUAUUCUGCUCAUAUGCACAUUACCCAUUGAUACAGCUUGUACACAUAGUAGCGCCACAGUAAAAUAAGUGGACUUCUCCUGAUAGUAUGCUUGUAGAAGGUGGUAAGGGCAUUAUUUCUCAUUGAUUUGAUAUAUACAGUAUUUACAUUUUAUCUUGAGAUCUCCUAAAGUUAAAUUAUCUUUAUUUUGGGAAUAUUCAAGUGAUCACUAGUGUAUGCAAAUCUGUUUGGUUUAACUUGGCCUGAUUUUAGUGUUCUAACAUAUGGUUUAAAACGGAUCCCAAUCUGACAUCAACAAUCUAUGAUGAUUCCAACAUCUAUGCCGAAGGAUUACUGUAAAUUGCUCUGCAUUUUUUGUCCAAGAUGCUGAAAACCACCCUUUCAUUCUGAAUUGGGGAAAACGUGUCCAUCAAAUGUAUUUACACCAUAUAAUGAACCAGAAUCCAACAUUUUAAUUGGUGUUGCCCACUUAUUCAUGACCUUGCCAUCAUGUUUGACAACCUUGAAUCAUUUCUGUUGAAAAUAACCUUAAAACAGGCCUACAUAUUAAUUCCUUUAAAUUUAAAAUGACUUUUGUUUUGGCCAGUUAAUGAUGUGUCCAUAAAUCCAAGCAUAAAUUAUGCAAUUUAUGAUUAAAAUGCAUGAUUUUAUUUGUACCUGGAAGGUGCAUGCAUAAAACAGUCUAACAUAUGGUAUGAUAACGCAGAAUUUGUAAAUUAGGCUGAAUUUGUCUUUCUUUAGCCAUCUCUUACAACUUUGAAACAUUCUUAAAAGAAACAAUAUAUCCAAAUGUUUAGAUUUCAGGAUGAAAAGAUUUUUAAGUUAUAUUGUGACUUUUUUUAGAUAUCCCAGAGUGCUGUACAACAUUUCUUUUGAUAUAAUCUAAUUUAAACGAUCAAAUACACCAAUCAGUAUGUUUACAGCAAUUCCUAUAAAUACCAGAUGCACCGUUCUACUUUUGGAAGCAUUAUUAGAAAUAAACAUUGCAUAGACCCAGAAAACUGACUUUUUAGAAUAAUGUUGAUGGAACAUUUUUUUAACACCACCUAAUAACCUGAUAGCAAAUUGAUUUAAUAACUCAUUUAAAACACACAAUUGUUGAGAGUUGCCAGUUGUAAGUGCUGGCACAUGGCUUAAAUCCCCAGCAUCUAAUUCAGAAGUAAGAUUGUUGUCAUUGAGCCAAUUUAAUUUAACAUGUAGAAGUUUAUGUGCAAAUUAGAACAUUCCAAUUAAAUCCAGGUAGCUUUGAGGCACAGCUUUGCCAAUUUUCAACCUUGAGGAUGGGAAACUCAUUAUCUUGUCUUACGGUUGGUAUUUAUAUUGUUUGGGCUAGUACCUUGUGUAUGAAGAUGAAAAAUUAUAAACUUAAAAUUUGUCGUCUUGUUAGACAUGCAGUGUAGCAAAGUGUGGCAGUGUGUGAACUAGCACUGAUCAAUUCUGGGUGACAUCACAAUUGCAAUUUUAGUUUCCAUUUACAUUUAUUCUUUCCAUUUGUUUGCAAUCCAUCCACAUUUUAAAUAAUAUUUAACGAUUUCCAUUUCAAGCAAUGCCUUCAUUGAAUUUGCUGCAGUUGUGUCUUUUCCAAGAAUUUGAUAAAUUCAGGAAAAAAAUAAUUAGCAUUGUAGGUGACAGGUUCUGAUGCCAUAAAGUGGAACUAUUACAAAAUGUGGAAUAAUGUCUUGGUUUUGUUCAACCUGCAGUAAAGAGGUACAGAGAAUCUCAGAUUUAAAUAAUCCAUUUCCAAAGCUGAAAAUGUACAUGGCACAAAAUAUUCCAAGUGUAAGAUAUUCCUUUCUAUUUAGUGUCAGAUGCAGUCAUAAUAAGAACAGCAAUAGAAUUUGGUGAAUGCAGCAUAUUUAUUUUGGAUAUUGCUCCCAAGUGUACACAGCAUUCCAUUGUGAGCCAGCAACACUAGCACAGUAAACCUUGAUGCUGGAUUACACUUCACUAUAUUUUCUGAAAAGCACAGCUUUAAAGACUUCCCCUUGGUGUUUUCUAUGUUCUCUUUAUAUUACUGUGAAUAUCCCUUCAAGGGAAUUGCUGACUGUUUGUGAGAUCACCCACAACUGUUGACCUGUGGAAUUAAUGUAUGUAAAUCUGAUUUUAUUUGAAUUGAACAAUAUCAAAUGUUUAGCAAUAUUCUAUGCGAGCAAAUCCUGCUUGCAUAUGAUUCAAAACAUUCCAUAUAUGUUGAUCACUUAUUCAGCAAUUUUUUAUUUUACUAAAUGGCCAAUCAGGCUUAUUUGUAUUCCUAGUCUAAUUCCUAAUGAUUGCAAUAUUUAUAACUAGGAAAAAAAGAUCCAUAUUUAACAUUUUCAAGUUCUGAGAAUGUGAACAAAUUUUUCUGCAUUCAUUAAAUUCUAUCAGUAAAUGUUGACUAGUGUUUUGGGUGCUGUGAUAAUCCAUAUAGUACUUUAAAAUUAAAAUACAUUUCUAUAUAUAUUGUAUUAAAAUGCAAAAUCUUCUGGACUGGAUUCUCAGGUGUGCAUAAAUAGAAGUUGGAUAUUAGCUUAUGUUAAUUAUUGUGUAUUUUGAAAAAAUCUUUCCUACUGAAGUUCAUAUUGAUUUUUAUUACUGAUAUUUAAUUGUAUAGAAUAACAUUUUCGAUGUUUCCAUCCAGAUCGCCAAAAAUGCCAAAUUUAAGUUUUUUUGGUGAUUUCUGUAUGUUAUUUUAGUUUGGCAAUCACAGGAUUCUGUUUUUUAUCUUGAUACUGCUUAUAAAUGUACACCUGGAUUAUUUGUAAUUCAUUUGUUUGUGAUGGUAAACUGUUUUGAAUUGAGCCUUAAAACUUUUAUUUCCCUCUUUAUACUUUUUGUAUAAAUGGUUUCUUUAUCAGUACAAGUGCCAAUGCCUGCUAUCCACAACAUUGAAAUGGAAAGGAUGCCCAUGCAUCUUGAUGAAAUCAAACUUCAUUGUGCUUCUUGCCCUUUCAGCAUUUUUUACAGGACAGUACAGAAGUUAAAUUUUGCCAGCCAUAUGCUUUUUAAAAUUUUUUUUUUAAAUUUUAACACCGGUUGCGUCCUUGAGAAAUGUUGCAUCUAUUUUUGUUUUUAAUUCCAUUGAAAGCUACUAUAGGAAACCAAUUAUAUUUCAAAAAGCACUUUUGGAGAAACACAAAGGUAGAUAAAAAUGCUGGAGAAACUCAGCAGGUGAGUCAAGACCCUUCUUCAGAAACACAGCUGCCUUUAAAAACAGUAUGCUACCCAUCAGCUAAAGUAUCAGAAUAUUUUUUGUUUGAGGUGAAAAUGUGCUAAACUCGUUACCUAAUAUACCAGAAAGACGAAGAGGAUUUCUUUAAUUAAAAAGUAGUAAAAUAAGGUAUAUUUUGUUCAAUUAUUAAAAUCUAAAGCUGAGCAGCUUAAACUCUCAAAAUCAGUACAUAAGAGAUUUAAACCAAUGCAGAUUUUCAUUUAAGGUUGAAAUUAAAGUUGGAUAAGAAUAUUAACUGACACCAUCUUCCACUGGAAGUGAAAUUUACCAUUGGUUAUAAUCUUGGUGCUCUCUUUAAGGGAGUUUUGAAUGGCUUGAUACAAACAUGCAUGUGAAAAUUCAAAUCAAGUUUCCAACUUGGUUUUAAAACAAAAUCCUUUUUGCUCCCAUUUAUUAACAAGAUCAAUUAUCAGCAGACCACUGAAGCUCCUGUUUUGUUUCUUAGUCUUGACCAACAUUGGGGUUAUUUGCACCAGUCACGUGGAUCAUUUACCCAAAUAACUGCGCUAAAGAUCUAGCGUAAAGGGAUGGAGGGGUAUGGGUCAAGUGGAAGGAGAUGAUUUUACUUGGCAUCAUGUUUGGCACUGAAAUCAUGGGCUGAAGGACCUGCUCCUGUGUUUUAAUUUUCUAUGUUAUCUAAGGUGCUAAAUCUAAAUAAACCACUCUACAAAAUGUAACAAGUUGUGCUGGUUAAGGUGUCUGUCUAUUGGACUCGAGCUUGGACUGGCUACAGACCAUUCCAAUAUGGAUAGAAUAUUGCAUUGCAUGGGACUGUCACUUUGGAAAAGGAUAUGGAAACUGAACAUCUUUGCGUAAUGUGGAGAGAGGCAUUGGGCUUCUAAUUAAAUCAAUCUUAAUGGUUUCUGUGUGACAUUGCAGACAGCAGGUCAUUGUACUUGUACUGGUGGCACAAUGAAAUGAGCACAAACUUUGUCGAGCUGCUAAGAUUGCAUAUGUACCAAAGUGAGCACAAAAAAAUUGUAAAAUGAUUACAUUUACAUUAUUUUGAAUCCUUAGUGAUUGUGUGCACAAUAGGUUGUUUUUAUGACUUUGCCAUUAUUUUUUCCCAAUUUAGAAUUUUGUCAUAUCAUGAAUUCUGUGCAUGUAACUUUUUAUUAUGAUUGUGGAAAUCAAAGUAAAUGACCCAAAGAGACAAAGGAAAUUUGUUCUCUGAAGACUGCCUAAUGUAUUAAUUUCACUGCCUAUGCUCUGUUAUGAAGAUCAGCCAACUGACUGAGCAGGGCGCAGCAUUAUACCAGCAAGUGAAAGGCAAUGGUAAUGUCGAUGCUCACUUUACCAUUGCUUUUAAAUUACCAAUUUUUGUGUAAUUGAUCGAACAAAUAUUAACAUUUGAAUGCAGUUUUAUUUCACUUAUUGAAGGAGAUCUUGUGGGAUAUGAUUUGGGUUGGGUUUUCUAUCAAUGUUGAUUGUAAUAAAUCUAUUCAAAAACAGACAAUUCAUCUAAUUUAUUUUUUCUAAUUUUUUGUACACUAAUUCAUUGUAUUUGAAUAUCAAGUUUAUCAUCUGCAAAUAUUGUGUAGUCCUGAAAUACUAAAUCCAAUGUAUUAUGGCAUUUCAGGCCACAUUAAUGAUUUUUGUGUUAUUUUGUGCAUAACCGUGAACUUUAAGAUUGAAAACUCUGGUUUUGUUUGAACAAUGUUUAGAGAACUGCCUUCACAAUUAAUGUGAAAAGUGAUUUAGUAUUAUGUUCACCUCAAAUGUCUAGAGUAAUAUUUUAAGCUAGUUGUAAUUGGCACUAUAUUUAAAUUGCAGGUUUCAUAUGACUUUAUCUAGAAUGGACUGCAUUAAAUGUACUUUCCUUUCAAAAAUUCUCUUCCACCAAUGUGGAAAGUUAUUUGUGUUGUCAAAUAUAAGUACUGCAGAUCUUAUUGUGACAACAUUCUAAAUUAUAUAUUGAAUAAAAGAUGUAGUAUGCAGUUAUUGUAAUGAUAUUCUGAACAUCAAGAAGAGAUUUGAGAACUUUGCAUUCAAUGCAGGAAUUAACAUGAAUAGCUUAUUUGUAACAGUGGGCCAUUCCUUGAUCUUUCCAAACAUAAAUGUUGUUUUGUGACAUUUCCAUUUUGUUCUGCAGCUUCUUACAUGAAUGUCGAGAAAAAGCAGUGUAUUUACCCACAGCAGCAUAAGAGCAUUUCUGGUGAUAUUAUCAGCAGCAUCCAGAUCGGGUGUAAGUGCUUUUGUUAGCAACUAUUUAGCACUGGUGACAGAAUCCAUUAUUUUGGGAACGUACCGAGUCAAAAUCUCGAGUGUCUCUCUUGGCACUUUAUUGUUUGAGAUGAUCAUGCUCCCUUAUUGGAGUUAUUAAAAGUAGCAGCGACAUUUACAACUGAAUGCAUUUAGAUGGAGAGCAAGGCUUGUCAUAAGUGUAGGAAAGAACUGCAGAUGCUGGUUUAAAUCGAAGGUAGAAAUAAAAUGCUGGAGUAACUCAUUAGGACAGGCAGCAUCUCUGGAGAGAAGGAAUGGGUGACAUUUCGGGUCAAGACCCUUCAGACUGAUGUCAGAGUAGUGGGCGGGACAAAGAGAAAAUGUAGUCAGAGACAGUAAGACUGGUGAGAGAACUGGGAAGGGGUAUUUGAAGCCUUAUUUGAUUAAAUAUAUUUGAAAAAAUAUACUUAUUAGGGUGUGAAUUCUAAUUUCACAUUCGUAAAGCCAUUGUUAUCUGAAGAUCACUUUGAAUUUGUCUUGGUCAAAGUGCAAUUGCUGAGAGAACCGGUGGAUCUUACGUGGUCUGAAUGUUGUGAUGUUACAAACCUGUCAUUUAUUUUUGUGCAGUUCCUUUAUUCUGUGUUAAAUCUUGUAGUGACAUGGGAGUGGAGUCAUGUAACUAUCUUGCUAAUGUCGAUACAACUUGCACAGUGAUGAACAAUUUCAUUGUAAAAACAACCUUUUGGGCUGUUUUACUUAGAUUUUAGAAAAAAAAAUCAUCUGAUGAUUAAAUACUUGAUUAACAAUUUUAAUUGCAAAAUACAUUUGAUCAUUGUAACAUCUGCUUUACUUUGCAAUUUUAAAGUGACAUGCUUUUACUUGCAAUAUUCCAAUUAAAAAAUGGUUUUGA